AUGCUCGUAAUACUUGGUUUGGUGGUCCCUCCCUUCUCCUUUCAUCUUCAACCUAAGGUCUUCUUUCUCUCUUUGAGGUCGACACUGUUCAACCUCUUUGGAUUUAUUGCCAGGCCUAUAGGUAAGCAUUUUACCUAGAUGGGAAAGCAACCUCGUCAAACAGUUCAGGAGGAAGAGGAGGAGGAGAUGCCAGGUCGUGGAACUAUGGUCUCGGGUCAAUCAAUGUCAACAAGCAGAAGUGUUGGGUCGCCAUCCAGCCGGAGCGAGCAGACAAUGGCAACACCAGCUAGUGAUAACAAAUUUCUGAGGUUAAAUCAUCUUGACAUACAUGGUGAUGAUGCUGGAUCGCAGGGUGCAGUUGCUAGCAAAAAGAAAAAGAGGGGGCAACGUGCAGUUGGAGGUGACAAGAGUGGAAGAGGGCUCCGCCAAUUUAGUAUGAAAGUGUGUGAGAAGGUUGAAAGCAAGGGACGAACAACUUACAAUGAGGUAGCUGAUGAACUUGUGGCUGAAUUUGCUGAUCCAAGCAAUAGCGUUUCAUCUCCUGAUCAGCAACAAUAUGAUGAGAAAAACAUCCGCCGAAGGGUCUAUGAUGCUUUGAAUGUUCUCAUGGCAAUGGAUAUUAUUUCUAAAGAUAAAAAGGAAAUACAAUGGAAGGGUCUUCCUCGUACUAGUCUAAGUGAUAUUGAAGAGCUAAAGACGGAGCGUCUUGCGCUAAGGAAUAGAAUUGAAAAGAAAGCAGCAUAUUUGCAAGAGCUGGAGGAACAAUACGUAGGCCUUCAGAACCUUAUACAACGAAAUGAGCAAUUAUAUAGCUCAGGAAAUGCUCCCAGUGGAGGGGUAUCUUUGCCUUUCAUUUUGGUGCAGACACGCCCCCAUGCAACUGUUGAAGUGGAAAUAUCAGAAGAUAUGCAGCUUGUGCAUUUUGAUUUCAACAGCACUCCCUUUGAGCUGCAUGAUGACACCUAUGUUCUCAAGGCAAUGAAAUUUUGUGAGCGACCUCAGAAUGAUAAUGUAACGCAAAAUCCUACAGAUGGCGGUGAAGGUUCAAGCAUGUCAGGCUUGUAUCAUGCACAGGUUCCUACUUCAGUUUCAAACCCUCCAGUUAGGCCUCCCUCAUCUCCACCACUCCCUGGAAUAUUAAAGGCAAGAGUUAAGAAUGAGCAUUGAUCUACAAUUUUGUAUUGUGUUGCCCUAUUCAAGCAUGUUUGUAUAUUUUGUAAAGUAAUUUGUCGGCAAUUAAAUGUCCUUCAUAAUAGUUAAUCAGUACAGCCAAGUCACUCCGUAGGUUAGAAGCAAACCGGUCUGCUUGAAUCUCUCUAUAUUCUUCUGGGUUGAUUUUGGCGGUCUUUGCUAACCAUAUCCAUUAUUCACUACCUUAAUUGAUUUUUUCCACCCACAUUUUCUAUGUAUUUUGCCCUUAUGUAGUUAUAAUAGAGCAAUUGAUUUGUACUAGUCCUUAGAGAUCAUGGAAUGCUAUACAUCAGCAUAGGAUUAAUUUUGGAAUUCACAGAUUUUAGUGUAAAUUAUUCCAUCUUAUGUCAAUCUUGAUAUUUUGG